UCAACCGUUACGAAAGAAAAACAAAUCGCGCGUUUCUAAACUUUAGUCAAAUUUGCACGAGUGCGGUGGUGAUUUCAUUUUUCAAUUUCAUGUAGUUAAAAUAAAAUUACUCGUCGGCAUCAUACACAAACGUUAGAUGUACAAAAACGAACAUAUCGGGCCAAAUUGGAAAUGAUUUCAUUACAAGAUUUAGCCGGCACGAUACUACCGGUGCUGGCAAUACUCUUCGUUGGUACAAUCGCAUUCGUCAAUCUGUUUUAUCGAGUGAGGAAGCUCUUUCCAGUGAAAGUAAACUGUUGGUUUUGUAACACGAACACGAAAGUUCCCUACGAUGAUGGCAAUUCAUGGGUUUGCCCGAGCUGCACCCAAUACAAUGGAUUCACUGAGGAUGGCGACUACAACCGGGAGAUACCGGCUCAGUACCAACGCAAACUGAAUCCCGGCGCGAACAUCACCGACGAUGACAAAAUUAGCUACUCGGCCCCCCAAAAUGGACUAUGCUUCGGCUGCAAUCGUAACCAGGAGCUGAAAAUCCAUCAACUGGCAUCGUUUGUUCCGGAGGUGGAGGAAAACUACGACGAGGAGGUGGAGGAAUACGAACGUCAGCUGGAGAUAUCGUACAAACUUUGCUCCCGCUGCGAACGUGUCGUCAAGCGAACCCUGAACGAUGUCAAGCGGAACAUUCUCGGCUCGAAGCUGGCCCAAAUCGGGACCAAGGGUUUGAAGGUGUUCGAUUUGCACAUGCAAACCAGUGAUAAACAAAGCGCCUUCCGCAAGCGGAAGAUGGUUACCGAUGUGUGCUUGUGGACUGUAAUCGCAAUGCUGGCGAUUAAAAUUGGGCAAAAAGCGAUGGAGUUUGAGUUUAGCAAGGAUCGGUUGGAGUUGAUAUUCAGUCCAAUUGUUUCACAAACUAUUCUGGUGGUAAUUUCCUAUGCGGUGUCACUGAAGCGGACUCUUUUUGCCCGCUGGGGCGGAAUAAUCGAGCAACCGCUGAUCGUAAAUGGCGUUAAUCAGCUCAAAACGGUCCGGAAAUUAGUGUUUGGAAAGUUGGAUGAGAAGCUGAACAUUUCAGCAGAAUCAAUCUGCGAAGCACUUCAUGAACCUCCUGUGAUAAUGGCUCAGAGGAAUUCUCUUCCCAAUUUGGCACUCAUCUGUCUUGCUGCGAUGCUGAUGGCCAUGAAGUCACACAUCCGGAGUUGGAAGCCAAUUGCUUUGAUUGCAUGCUGUGGAGCUGAGAUGUUGCUUAAAUCGGAUAUUGGACCGGAAGUGUUUGGGAGCAAGAUUCAUUCCGCUUUGAUAGAGGUUAUGCUAUCUUCGGUGGCGUUCGUAACUGCCAUCAGUUGCAUAGGCCACACGGGACCCAAAAUUCAACCAUCGGAUAAUCUGUCCUCGAGCUUCCACAAAAUCUACUCAAACCAAGGCAACGAAUGUGACAACGACGAACAACUGGAAAGCAGUUCGCUGCUGCAGCAGGAUGCUUCCACAUGUUCGCAAAAAGCUUUCGGUAACAAUGAGAGUGCCAAGUCAAUUGAUACAACCAGAUCUAUCAGCCCGUCAGCACUGACCGCCUCAACUCUUCGGCCGUUCGUGGACAGCAGCUUUAUUAGAACUUCACCGAACAAAUCACAUUUUGGAGGAUCUGUUCUGAAUGUUAAUCGCCUUAACACAACAAUGCAGGAGAACUCAUUUUGCGAAAUUAGCCAUCAUGGUCCAUUUCGAGCAGAACACUCUCUUUUGAAGACUCCAUCAAUCUCGGUCGACAACUUUACCACAGCUAUUUCUGCCGCUUCCGAGCGUAGAUUUCAUAAAAAUGGAUUCUCCAUGAAUGCCAUCGAUGAUCCCACUCUACAAGGGGAUGAGCACUUUGGGGAACAUAUUGAUCGGUUGAGCAUCGGCGGACGAAUGUCAGUUUCCAGGAAGGAUCUCUCCGUGAUGAACAAUCCCUUCGCUAAUCAUCAUGUUGAGCAUGAUGAGAGUUUCUCUCUACGUCAACGGAAAGUAACGCACAGCCCUCCCCAUCUGGAUACUGUAGCCGAAUCGGGCGGUUCGUGGAUCGCCGGUGGCUAUUGGUCACCGCAAAAAACUUCCGAUGCCGAAACCGAAUACCACGGUCAUCCGUUCAUGUCUCGCACUUCGUCUCAAAGCUCUGGCUUCGAGUCUCAGCCAACCCGACGUCCAACACCAGAGGAUCCUGCUGGAAUCGACCUUGAUCAGGUGUCCCUCUUUUCUGAACCUGUCGGAAUAUUUCCUCCCCAUAAUGGAUCCACUUUCCCGCAACCUAAUCCAAGCCUCAACCAGACCCUAGGCUACCCACUGUCUCAAUCUUCGCCUACCCCUUCCAAUGGUUCGUUCUUCAGUCGCCAUUCGACAAAUGCCAGCCGUAAUCUAUUCGGCGAACGAAGUUUAUUCCAAACAAAUCCUUCCUCCCGAAUGUUUCCACCUCACAGUCGAUCAGCAUACCCUUCCGGAAUGGCUCCCAGCCAACAUGGCUUCUUCAGCUCACGUUCCAACAACAACGUCUUCCCCCCUCAGCAGUCUCAAACGCCCGUCUUCGGAAGCACUUCCAACAUGUGUCAAUCGAACCUACCCUCGUUUCAUCAACAGGGACACAGAAGGCCCGCCUAUCCAACGCCGGUUAACAAUCACAGGAGAAGUCUGCUGAAUCUAAGUAAACUAAGCGAAGUUCCGGAAGGGUCCGUCCAACUGGCAGAGAAACUCACCGAAGCCUGAUCGGAUAUAUCUUCUCGUUUGUUAACUGUUUUUUUUCGUUCUUUACAUUUACACGAGUUUAACAUGAGUUAAUAUUGCUUUACUUUCGUUCAGUAACGUGUGUGAUAUGAUUUAUAGACUGAAAAUUAAAAUUACUGCAAAAACCAACAAUAUGCACUCUCAUCAUGGUAGAAGCAAGAUAAAAUGUAAUAGGGAAACAGCUUUGGAGUAAAAUCCUUUGUAAACGGACUUCGAUACGAAACAAACACACAGCCAGAAAUGUGUCUACAACUCUACUAAACAACCAACACUGCCGAACAAAAAGUUCAGGAAUACAAAAAUCAAUACUUAUUGCUUGUGAAAUUUUAGUAUUACGUAAAGGAAAUAUUGUAGAAAUAAAAGAUUAAAAAAAUUGUCUAUG